UGACGCAACAGGCACAGCUUCUGUCAAGGGCAUCGGAAAGUAACGCCGGCUAAGGCUAGCAGCGGCUGUUUGCACGUGUAUUGGAAGAAGCUCCGCAAAAGUGAGUUUGAAGAGCACGACUGUGGCGGAAAUGGACGGCUUUGGUUCAGACUUCUCAGCAGGAGGGUCCGGCGGGAAAAUGGACACCGGUACCAUCAUGGAGCAGGUCAAAGUCCAGAUCGCGGUGGCUAACGCUCAGGAGCUGCUGCAGAGAAUGACCGAUAAAUGCUUCAAGAAGUGCAUAGGCAAGCCUGGAAGCACACUGGACAACUCUGAGCAGAAGUGUAUCGCCAUGUGCAUGGACCGGUAUAUGGACGCCUGGAACACCGUGUCCCGAACAUACAACUCCAGACUGCAGCGAGAAAGAGCUCGCAUGUGAACUCCUCUCUCUUCAUCUUUCCCUUCUUCAGGCUGCUGCACACAGCGAGGGCCGAUGCAGUGCUCUGCAGGAGGGCCCACGCUGCGCACGAGUUUUGCCAUGCAGCGGCGCAACAUCUGUCACAGUACCUCUGACAGGGAGAGCACAGCCUGUGGACUGCAGCCAUAACAGUGUCUCUGUGGACAGUUUUAAUUUUGCUCUGAGGAACAGUUCACUACCAAUGUUAAAUCGAUUGUGUGUUUUACGUUAGAAAUAUAAUAAGUCAUCUUCUGCGUGUUCUUGCCAUGUUGAUUGGAAACACUAAAUUACCGGCUUAAGUGUGAAUGUGUUUUAAAGUGUUUGCUGUGGCAGGAGGCUGAGCCUGCUGUGCUGCUGAAAGGACUCCAGGUGCAGUUUGGCUCAAUAGGCCCACCUUACUUACUGUGACUCAUCUCCCUGCCCAUCGAAUGCUUCUGCCUGUAAUACCAAUAACAGUAAACUUCUCCCAAUCACUGCAGACUCUCCUUUAAACACUGUUUCACAUUCUUUGCCGGGUGAUUGUGCUUAGAGAUUAAAUAUUUCCUGGAGCCCUUAAAGGAAAAAAAGUGCUUAAAAAUCAUCAGGAAGAAUCGAGGAGCAAUUUGGUGUUUUCACCAGCAUGAAUUUGACAUUUACAAGCCUCCAAACAGACCUAUAUCAAAGUACACCUGGAGAACAACACUGUUUUGUCUGACAUGUUUUCUGGUUGUCACUCUAUCUGCUGCCCUCCACAGUAGUGGGUUUGUUUCAGCGGGGUCUCCCUCGUCCUGACGGGGUACUGCACCUUUCUCAGCUUUGUGUGCGUGCGGUUUGUUAGAUGUCUGGGAACCUCCUGAGUUUGUGUGAGGAGCCAGAAAAGCUGUGAACAUCAUUUGCAAUCAGUGAUUUUUUUUUCCCCAAGAAAAAGUAAUAAAUUAAUCAAUCAGGUGUUC